GAUCAGACAGGCAAGAAGGACCAGAAGAAAGGCUUCCUCUGGAAUUCCAGCCCGGGCGGAGUUUGUCUGGGCGGGGGCGGGGCCUCGAUCCGGGGCGGGGCUUGGCGCGGGUCCCGCCCCGGUCCGUCUGCGAACGUGUUCCCCAGCUCGGGCCGCGCGGUGUGGGCUUAGGGGCUGGCUCCGGGCUCCUCCGCGGCCUGGCGGUCCCGGGCGGGCGCCAAGAUGCGCGCCCUCCUCUGUCUGUUCCUGGUCUUCAUUGGCUGCACCUUCACCUUGUACUUGCUGUCGACUCGACUGCCCCGCGUACCGACACGGGGCUCCGCUGAGGACACUGAAGGCAGGUCACUGUGGUUCCCCUCUGACCUGGCUGAGUUGCGGGAGCUCUCUGAGGUCCUUCGAGACUACCGGAAGGAGCACCAGGCCUACGUGUUCCUGCUUUUCUGCAGUGCCUACCUUUAUAAGCAGUGCUUUGCCAUCCCUGGCUCCAGCUUCCUGGUGGCCCCUCUGGAGCCAAGUGUCAGACCUGAGCUUGUUCUCUGGCCGUUGGAUGCUACUCGUCAGUUGCCAUUGCAGAACGUUUUAGCCGGUGCUUUGUUUGGGCCAUGGCUAGGGCUUCUGCUGUGCUGUGUGUUGACAUCGGUGGGUGCCACGUGCUGCUACCUGCUUUCCAGUAUGUUUGGCAAACAGCUGGUGGUCUCCUACUUCCCUGAUAAAGUGGCCCCACUGCAGAGGAAGGUGGAGGAGAACAGAAACAGCUUGUUUUUUUUCCUACUGUUUUUGAGACUUUUCCCCAUGACACCAAACUGGUUCUUGAACCUCUCGGCCCCGAUUCUGAACAUCCCCAUUGCACAGUUCUUCUUCUCUGUUCUUAUCGGUUUGAUCCCCUACAACUUCAUCUGCGUGCAGACAGGCUCCAUCCUGUCAACCCUCUCCUCUCUGGAUGCUCUUUUCUCCUGGGAAACUGUCUUCAAGCUGUUGGCCAUCGCUCUGGUGGCUUUAGUUCCUGGAACCCUCAUUAAAAAAUUCAGUCAGAAAGACCUACAUUUGAAUGAAACAAGCAACACCAAUCAUCUAAGUAACAGAAAGGGCGAGUGAUCGGGGGUCUGGUCACCGGGUCCCUGGACUCUGUUGCCCAUGUGUGUAGUGGGUGUGGUCCUCCACAGCCUGUUGUGUUUUUGGUCACCCUCUACGGGUGGUUUGGACACUGUUCGUCUGCGUGCAGUGUCUUGUCAUAAAGGACACUGCUCUAGAAGGUGAAUUCUAUCAGGUGUAGUAAGACACUCUGUCAAAUGGAUAGCCUCUUAGAAAAUCCAGUUUAUGUUUUCUUGACAAGGAACUCGGGGUGGUCUGCUGUGUUUGCCUCUCGCCAAGCCCCGAGCUGCCUCGGGCAAGCGUGCUGACCCUCCCCGUGCAGAGGCCUCUUUUGCAGCGUGAUAGGCUGUUGUGACAGGUGUUCUGUUAAGUCCCUGGUGUUUGUUAUUAGUGUAAACCAUGGCCUGUGAACCUGUGUCACUGACCUCACUCUUCAUCAUGUUAGUCCUGUGAAGAGUGUUUCUUCUGCACUUUUUUGCCGAUGACCUACCUCUUCCGUAAACCAAGGGGAAGACACCGCCAAACUGCUUUGCACUUCCGCGUGCAGCUCGGACGCAGUGACUUCUGUGACGCCCUUUGUGUUCAGGCACGGGUGUUCCCGUGUGUCAUGUUCCCUCUCGGUGGCGUGUCUUGACAAUGCUGGUGAUUGCAGACUAUUAAAUGUGAGGGGAGCAAACUCUAUUUUAUGGACAUGGUCGGGAGAAAUUCCUGUCCACCUGGACAGUGCAGGGCCCUCGACUCACUCAGACUGAGUGACCAUCAGUAGAUUUUCUGAUGUGUUUUUUCUGGGUGGCAAGUCCUUCUCUGCCCUGCUGGGGGGAUGGAUUCAGUACACUCAGACAUUAGCCCGUUUACCCUCCGAGUGUUUUUCAGUGUGUCAUUUGCCAAGAAUAACUCGAGGAAUAAUUAUACUUUAUCUUUUCAUUCUAAGAGGAAAACUUGGUUUGGGGUCACUUGUUCUGUAGUCUUUCAAUUACCUGUAGCUGUCGUUGCUUCCUGUAGCAGCAGCAUUGAACUGGCACAGACCCGGGUCAAUGCUUCCCAGGUAGAAGGACCUCCGCACCUAAACCGAGCAGCUCUGGGAUCCUGUCCCAUACAGGAGUAACCCCGUUCUCACCAGAAUCAUUGCUCUUGGGCAUGAUCUGAUGGGUUUUUGAUUUGGCUUGACCAUGAAUCUCGCCAAGGCUUUUUAAUCUAGGGCACAUGUUUCACAUGAAUUCUUGAGAAGGAAUUCCCAAGCAUUGUGUUUUGGACUUGUGUGAUCCAAAACAACAAAAAACCACAACAAAACCACCACAAAGAAGUGUUGCUUUAAAAGAAGUUUGAUAACAGGGUGGGAUUGAAGAGGAGGCCAACUGGACUUUGCAAUCUGGACUUUGGAAUCCACGGCUCUGUGUUCCCGGCCCGGAGUGGGGGAAGGGAGGGAGAAACAAGGAAGCUCUCUGUACUUUGCCCUUUCCUGGGAUCCUCAGAUUGGUCUGUCCACCGCACCCCUCAUAACCUUGCAACAAUGUGCCUUAGCAGUUGUGAGUUUACAGGCAAAGAAAUUUCCCGAAUAAAUGGAUGUAAAUGUUC